UCAUGCACACACUAUACCGUAGUUUCUGCACGCAUAGCGCGGUCACAGCUCCGCCAAGGUCCCGAGGUCCAGUGGCUAGCUGGUUGCGCUUGCCUUAGGCGAAAUCGCCCUGGUGGUGGUGAAAGCCAAAGCGGUGGCACGGCCACAGGGGGUCAAAACUAGCGAAAAGGCUGCAGUUAGGCCGCUUUCACUGUUUCGUUUAUUUGAGUAUAUAGGGCUGGGUGUGCCCGCGUAUUUUGGGUUCUUCUCCCCUUUGACGACUAUUUCCACGGUACUGCUUGGUCUCUCUGGGUUCGAGUGCUGUUUACUCUCUUCGCAAUUGACGAUUCACGACCAUAUCCAUUCCAAGCGGUUCGCGCUACGCUCCACGACUCCACCCGGCCCGAAGUUGACUUGAACUUGAAGCAAGUGGUUUAUUUGCGAGAGGAAAAAUUAUGGAAGAGGCCAUGGAAUAUUCUCCCGCGCUUUCGGUCAACAGCGACCUCACAGAUGAAGAGCUGGACAAGUACUUUGCGAGCUGUGUUCCCCUCUCGAAUCUGCCUACCCCUCCGCCAGCAAAGGAGCACGCCAUAGCCAAUAACCGCGUAUCAACACCAUCAACAUCGCCAUCACAAACGCCUUCGCAUACACACGACACGUCGACGUCACCCGAACUACAAGUAUACGCAACCCAUCUCGCCAACCUCGUCCCGCUCAAUGUCUCCACCCACCGCCCCAAGGCAUCCGUGAUUUAUGGCUUCUUGGAACGGGCGUCUUUGCCGGAUGAGAUUGUGGCCUUUAGUGCAUGCAUACUGGAUGCAUUGUCGAGUCGGUUCGCGGCGACAUGGCGAGACGCUCUGGCCCCUUGCGACUACGCACGGGACCUGAGAAACUUCCUCCGGACAGACUGUAGGCGGAGCGUGCAUGUCAGUCCCAACAUCAUCGUCCUUGCUGCGCUCUCCCUUGCCCAUGGCUUCCUAGUGGAUCGGUUGCGGUCGUCGCAGCAUUGGGCCGUACGAGAGGGCGACGGCAUGUUUACCGUGCAGGAGAUUGAGGCUACGAAGAGGACGAUGCUGCAGGACGUGGACUAUGGCCUUUUCCGCAUCUCGGAGGAUCGGGUGAUGCGGCGACUGAGGGCUAUGCAGCUCGCGGCUACGGUGCAGGCUACCUCUACCUCUUCGCUUUUGGCUAGAGAUGGGUGUGGUGCUGGGAAGCAGAGUCGUGCGCGGAACCUGUCCUUGAGCCUUGCGGGCACGUCCAUCUGGAGUCAUGGCCUGUACACUCCGGAGCCGAGCCCAUGAGCGGCGAAGUGUUUUGUUGCAUCUCAAGCGUUCUCUCCAGCGGUCUUCUCGUUACGAUACCCCACAUCUUCCGUUGUUUACGCUCCUCGAUUGUCGAGCAUUAUUCCUUUUUCUCACGGCGUACGUGUGGUGUAAUCUGUCUACGGAUUCUGGGCAUAGGUCUUGUCUCUGGAUGGCCUCGUAUCGUGGUCUAUCAGCAUUGUUUGCGUAAUACCCUAUUUGGACCUUGGAGUACAUGUAGGAGCGUGUGGCUUUGUGCGCGGCCUCAUUACUGCGGUGAGAUGGCACUGGCAUUUGCAUAAUAGUACAAGUAGCGCUAAUAUGAGUCCAUGUCGACUUUAUCAUGCCC